AUGGGAUUCGGUAUCAGAAUCAGCGUGGGUCAAGUAGUGCGGUUGUCCAUUGCCGAUCUGUUUAUUUUUGCUUGUAUCUCGAUACUAGUAAAAUUGUUUAUUUUUACAGACACCGUUCGCGAGUUCCAAGAUACAUGGGCUGAUGUUCAGAGACCUUUAGAGAAUGCAAUAGUUUCUGCCUUGAAAGAAAGCUACGGAUACCGGGGCAUGAACGUUUUCGUUCGCAAGACCAGGGAUCCUCAUUCGAUCGCCACUGGCUACUACCACAACGAUAUUCAGGUUCGGUUAUUGCUCUCCAACUUAGAUUUGGAAAACCUUCCGUACCUAUGGAUGCCCCAAGUGACCUUUCUUCUGCCGGACAACGUUCUCAAAAUAAACGCAUCGUUGAGCAAAAUGAUCGUGCAUUGUAAAUAUACGGUGUUUAGGAAUACAACAGAUAUGAUUUACGACGCGAACGAGCAAGACUCCAAUCUGAACUCCCCGUUUAGAUUCCAGCAGGUACAGAACACGGGGGAUCUGGCAAUAUCAAUAGAAGCAUGUGUGUUAUCCGGUUUCGUUAUGACACUGUUGGACGGUCCAUCCGUGAACCUCGGGAUAUCUUCUCUAGAAUUAUCGAAGUGCCGUUUUUCUUUUGAGAUUUAUAAACAAGGCUUAGGAACGCCUCCGGUCCUCGCUAAUUAUGACCUAACAAACGAUGGGUUAAACAUUCUGAAUUUGCUGACGGUUCCACUACGAGAAGAAUUGAUGCCAAAGCUACAGGCCGCCAUGUUCAGUUAUGUUAAUACUACAGCGAUAUUCGGCGAUCAUUUAGCGAAUAUUCGGUAA